UGGUUGGACUUAGUUAGGGACACUAGCUUUGAUUAACGUUUAUUUGCCGUAAUAAUUGAAAUUAACAAUAAUACAUAAUCCGUACAGAAGUAUAUUUUAUUUUAUUCAUAAUGGAUGAUGAUGCGGAAACCUACAAAUUAUGGCGUAUAAGAAAAACUGUAAUGCAAUUGUGCCACGACCGUGGAUACUUGGUUACACAAGAUGAAUUGGAUCAAACUCUCGAUCAGUUUAAAGAGCAGUUUGGUGAUAAACCCAGUGAAAAGCGGCCAGCUAGGAGUGAUCUGAUUGUGCUGGUGGCCCAUAAUGAUGACCCCACUGAUCAGAUGUUUGUGUUCUUCCCUGACGAACCCAAGAUUGGCAUCAAGACCAUCAAGACUUAUUGUACUAGGAUGCAGGAAGAGAAUAUUCACAGAGCAAUUGUAGUGGUGCAAGCAGGAAUGACCCCAUCAGCCAAGCAGUCGCUAGUGGACAUGGCUCCCAAGUACAUUCUUGAGCAGUUCCUUGAGUCGGAGCUGCUCAUCAAUAUCACUGAGCACGAGCUGGUCCCGGAGCAUAUUGUGCUCACCCCGGAUGAGAAGCAGGAGUUGCUGGCGAGAUAUAAAUUGAAAGAGAACAUGUUAAUGAGAAUACAGGCUGGCGACCCCGUCGCACGGUACUUCGGGUUGAAGAGAGGACAGGUAGUGAAAAUCAUCCGAUCUUCAGAAACAGCGGGAAGAUACAUUUCCUAUAGAUUAGUUUGUUAGAUAUAAAAAAGUAAUUAAAUAAUUCUAUAAAAAAA